AUGUACAACGGUCACAAGCGUUCUCAUGCAGUGAAAUAUCAGGCCGUGACGACACCGGAUGGAAUUAUCGUGCACAUGUUUGGCCCUGCUCAAGCACGUGCGCACGACCUUACGUUGCUGGAGGAUUCAGACCUGGAGAAUAUAAUCGACCGCGAUCAGCGAUAUCACAGCUACCUGCUCUACGGCGACCCUGCCUACGGCCAGACGGACGUAUUUGCAUCUCCUUUUGACAAGGUGGGAGCAACAAGAGAAGAGAUUGAAGUCAACCGGUCGCUUAGCAAAGUGAGGAUCUUGGUCGAGUGGAUGUUCGGCAAAAUAAUUGGUGAAUGGGCUAUGCUGGACUUCAAGCGCAAAAUGAGCAUUGGGAACGUUCCCGUUGGUAUGCUUUACGAGGUCGCCGCCAUUUUCGCUAACUGCGUGACGAUCGUACGGCACCAGAAUAUCAUUAGCAGCUACUUUGAUGUUCGCCCGCCUUCAUUUGAGGAGUAUUUUGCUGGACUGGAUUAG